AUGGCGAGGAAGAUCUUCCUUACGCUCUUCGCCUCGACGUCCGUUGCCUCCUCCCUGACGCUUCAAUCCGGAGAGCUGUCUGAAGAUGACUCCGCGCCCACGGCUUUGAGUGCCCUCCUCUCGGAGGCGAUGGGUCUGCUGCAGGAGGCCGAUGACGCGCAGGUCUUGGCUGGCGGCGAGAUCUCUCUCCUCAGCAUUGACGAUGCGGCUGACGAGGCGAACGAGGACCCCGAGCCUGCCGCGGCCGAGGAGCAGAGCUCCGCAAGCCCGGUGGCCAGCACUGGCAAUGCGACUGACGAUGCGCCCGCCGCGGAGGCUCCUCUGGCGGCACAGGUCGAGCGGGCGACGGAGGACGCCAACGCCUCGGGGAACGCCUCGGAGGUGCAGGCCGAGGAGAACCAGAGCAGGGCCAACCUGUCCACGUACUUCGACCCCAAGCUGAUGGCCAUCUUCCGCGAGAAGCAGGCGCACCUGAAGGAGACGAUGAAGGAUUUCAUGGUGUCGAAAAAGGAGCUGGACGUGGCCAAGCUGGCCGCGAACCUGGCGAUGAAGAAGCUGAGGCUGGCGACCGAGAAGCGGAGGAAGAUCCUGAUGGGCGAGAGGAUGGCCGAGGCCGAGGAGCGUCGGGCGAUCAAGGAGAACCGGCGACAGGCCAAGACGGACAUGACGGCGCGCGCGGAGCAGCUGCUGGCGGACUCUUUGGGUGGCCUGGCGGGCGUCAACAUGAGCUACAUGGUAGACGUCGUCCUGGCCCUGCCGGAGGCGCUGCAGGACGAGGAGUUCGUGGAGGAUUUCCGCAACGUGACAAAGAGGGUGGAUGUGAAUGUCCGGAAGUUUCUGGACCAGACGCAGCAGAAGACCACCCAGUUCGUCAAAGACAGCACCUCCGCCUCCGACGUGGAGUUGCGCUUCAUCAUGGCGAAGUUCUUCCACGAGUCUGGCUUCCGCCUCCGAGGGCUCCACCAGGACAGCCUGAAGGCCAUCCAGAUGCUCAGGCGCACGGUGCCGGAGGACUUGGAGAGGGCGCUCUUCCCGUUCCUCGGGCAGCUGAACGCCAACACGGUCCGCCUCAGGAUCAAUGCCACCAGCCUGGCCACCGCCACCCCGAAGGAGGCGUGCGACCAGAUCACCCAGAUCAUGGCCAACGUCAGCGAUUAUCGAACAAGCUCGAGACCAUCGGCAAGGUGA